AUGGUGAUGUCGGCGCGCGUCGCGCCGCGCGCGGGGGCGAUCGGGGCCCGGCGCGCGCGAUGCGCGACGCGAUCGACGACGACGACGAGGACGACGACGCGCGCAUCGGUCACCGCGCACGGCCCGACGUCGUGCCACGGCGGCGCGCAUCUCACGAGCGAGCGCAAGGCGGAGCUCGAAGCGAUCUGCGCGGCGAUCGGGCGGGCGGGUAAGGGGAUCACGGCGUGUGACGAAGGCCCGGGGACGAUCGGUACGCGUUUCGAGAACGUGGGGGUGACGAACACGGAGGAGAACCGACGGGCGUACCGACAGAUGCUGUUCGAGACCCCUGGGGCGAACGAGUACCUGAGCGCGGCUAUUUUGGAUCCGGAGACGCUGUAUCAAAAGAGCACGACGAACGGGAAGUUGUUCCCGGAGGUCCUGAGCGAUUUGGGCAUCGUCCCGGGCGUGAAGCCGCACCUCAAGGUGUACGCGCUCCCGGGACAGAGUGGGGCGACCGUGAUGCAAGGCUUGGACUCGCUCGCGAUGCGUCUUGAGGAGUAUAAGAAGGCUGGAUGCAAGUUUGCCAAGUGGCGGUCGCCGAUGGACAUCGACAUCGCGAACGGUCAGCCGAGCGAACUCACGAUCGAGACCAACAUGAAGGACUUGGCUCGAUACGCCCUCAUCUGCCAAGACGUCGGUCUCGUGCCGAUCGUCGAGCCGGAUAUCUCGCUCAAGGGUGAUCACGACCUCGAGACCGCGGUGCGGGUCAAUCUCAAGGUGCAAAGCAUGCUCUUCAAGUCCAUGGUCGACCACGGCGUGUACAUGGAGGGCGCCUUGCUCAAGUCCAACAUGGUUAACCCGGGGAAGAAGUGCCCGAUCAACUACACGGUCGACGAACUCGCGAUCGCGAACCUUCAAGUAUUCCGACGAUGCUUCCCGACCGCCAUGGUGAGCGCCAACUUCUUGUCCGGAGGUCAGUCGCUCGAAGACGCGUGCGCGCGCCUCGACGCCAUCAACAAGCACAAGACCGCCAAGGACCCGUGGAACCUCUCCUUCUCUUGGUCUGCCGCGCUUCAAAUGCCGCUCUUCGAGCUCUGCCGCGGUAAGACGGAGCUUCCGCUGAAGGAGAUGGGCGAGCUCUACAUCGCAGAGCUUGAAAAGGCUGGCGCCGCCGCGCUCGGCACGUACAACCGCAACGGCAAGGAGGGCGACCACUCCGCCAAGUGA